CUACAGGAACAGUAUAGACACCUACAGGUACAGUACAGACACCUACAGGAACAGUAUAGACACCUACAGGUAUAGUACAGACACCUACAGGAACAGUAUAGACACCUACAGGAACCGUAUAGACACCUACAGGAACAGUAUAGACACCUACAGGAACAAGUGGCUGUUCCACUGGAUGUCAUAAGGUGAAAGCACCAAUUUGUAAGUCGCUCUGGAUAAGAGCGUCUGCUAAAUGACUUAAAUGUAAUGUAAAUGCAGUAUAGACACCUACAUGUACAGUACAGACACCUACAGGUACAGUACAGACACCUACAGGAACAGUAUAGACACCUACAGGUACAGUACAGACACCUACAGGUACAGUAUAGACAACUACAGGAACAAUACCGACACCUACAGGUGUAGUACAGACACCUACAGGAACAGUAACAGUACAAACACCUAGCUUAGUCUAUUGCACUGACUUCUGGAUGUAUUUUAGGUGCAGCAUUUCGAAGCUGUUUCAUAAACUAUGUCAGAUGAGGGGAAUGCAACCCUGGAAAUAUCAUCAGCUUUAGGGCUCUGCUACAGAUGUGGAUCAGUCUCCGGGCAAGACACAUGGUGGUUUUCAAGGUGUGGAGAGUGUCCUGUCCUCUACGACACGAGAAACCACAACCUGCAGAAAACAAGAAAUCACACACAGACUUCCUACAGGAUAGCCACGCACAAGGUCACAUAGGGCGAGUGUUUGGUCCACACACUCUGGACUAUGUGGUGAACCUGUGCUGGCAUCGCUAUGACUACCUGGUCCGGCUCCCUGAUUGGCUGCUCCUGAACAUCCUGUCCUUCCUGGAGUGGGCGGAUAUUAAGAAUAUCUCCCAGACCUGCAAGAGGCUACAACAGCUAUGCUGCAGUGAGGGGUUUUGGGCGCAGGGGACAGCUGGGGCCAGGUACGGGAAGAGUAAGGUCACUAUGGAGGGUGUGAGCCCUACUCUACAGCGCCGUCUGGUGGUGUUUCACAGAAGACAGGUGCUCUCCCGUCUGGCCCAGCAGCAGCACAGCAAGAGGAAGAACAGUGUCUGGCACCUGUGAAAGAGUUAGCCUGGUCACGCAGCGCUCUCGUUUCGUUUUACUUCAGCUAUUGCACGAUCAGGCAGAUUUCACCAGAAUUACAUGUGAGAGGGACAGAGGAGCAAAGUCUGUCUGUCUGUCUGUCUGUCUCUCUGUCUGUCUGUCUGUCUGUCUGUCUGUCUGUCUGUCUGUCUGUGUGUGUGUCUCUCAAACACUUUCAAGAUAUUUUAUUAUCAUCUAUUACAUUUCCAUGACCUGGAAAAUAGUUAUGUUAGGCACAUAUGGCAGAGUUAGUUUACAUAUGUAGUGUAGCUGCCUGUCAGUGUUUUGAAUGGCCAGCAGGUGGAGAUAUUAAGCAGAAAUCAGAGCGCCUCAUAAAUUUGAUUCACUAAUAGGUGUAGCCUGCUGUAGAACAUGUGUGCUCAACUAGGGGAAGAGGUAUUGCUACUCCAAAACCUUUUAAUGGUUAUAAUGAUACAUCGCUAAUGUUGUUUGUGUUUUUGGUCUCAAAUGAUAGAAUAAAGAACAUACGGCACAAUCACCUA